CUUUCCGGCAGGAGCCGGAAGACCGUCCCGGACGGCAUUGGGGGCGGCCUGUGCGUGGAAGUGAGGUCUGGGCCGCCGGCCUUCCGGCGUCCGCUGGUCGCCCAUGCUGCGGCCCGCGGCCGCCAGCCCCCACUCGGAUUGGCGGCGGUAAGGCGCCGGGGCAGCGCGCGAAAUGUCGUCGGGCCUCCGUGCCGCCGACUUCCCCCGCUGGAAGCGCCACAUUUCGGAGGAGCUGAGGCGGCGGGACCGGCUGCAGAGGCAGGCAUUCGAAGAGAUCAUCCUGCAGUAUAACAAGUUGCUAGAAAAGUCAGAUCUUCAUUCAGUGCUGGCCCAUAAGCUGCAAGCUGAAAAGCAUGACAUCCCCAACAGGCAUGAGAUAAGUCCCGGACACGAUGGUGCCUGGAAUGAUAGUCAGCUACAAGAGAUGGCCCAGCUGAGGAUUAAACACCAAGAAGAACUGACUGAACUACACAAGAAGCGUGGGGAGUUAGCUCAAUUGGUGAUUGACCUGAAUAACCAAAUGCAGCAGAAGGACAGGGAGAUGCAGACGAAUGAAGCAAAAAUUGCAGAAUGCUUGCAGACUAUCUCUGACCUGGAGACGGAGUGCCAAGAACUACGCAGUAAGCUUCAGGACCUCGAAAGAGCCAACCAGACUCUGAAGGACGAAUAUGAUGCCCUGCAGAUCACGUUUACUGCCUUGGAGGAGAAACUGAGGAAAACUACUGAAGAGAACCAGGAGCUGGUCACCAGGUGGAUGGCCGAGAAAGCCCAGGAAGCCAAUCGCCUAAAUGCAGAGAAUGAAAAAGAUUCAAGGAGGCGGCAAGCCCGGCUGCAGAAAGAGCUUGCAGAAGCAGCAAAGGAACCUCUACCUGUUGAACAGGAUGAUGACAUUGAAGUCAUUGUGGAUGAAACCUCUGAUCACACGGAGGAGACGUCUCCCGUGCGAGCCAUCAGCAGAGCGACCAGUAAGCGACUCUCGCAGCCUGCUGGAGGCCUUCUGGAUUCUAUCACUAAUAUCUUUGGUCUGUCCGAGUCUCCCCUUCUGGGACAUCACUCUCCUGAUGCUGCCAGGAGGCGCUCUGUCUCUUCCUUUCCAGUUCCCCAGGAUAAUGUGGAUCCUCAUCCUGGUUCUAGCAAAGAAGUGAGAGUGCCGACAACCGCGAUGUGUGUCUUCGAUGCUCACGAUGGGGAAGUCAAUGCUGUGCAGUUCAGUCCGGGCUCCCGGCUGCUGGCCACAGGAGGCAUGGAUCGGAGAGUUAAGCUUUGGGAAGUGUUUGGAGAUAAAUGUGAGUUCAAGGGCUCCCUGUCUGGCAGUAACGCGGGAAUUACGAGCAUCGAAUUUGACAGCGCCGGCUCUUACCUCUUAGCAGCUUCAAAUGAUUUUGCAAGUCGAAUCUGGACUGUGGAUGAUUAUCGGUUACGGCACACCCUCACGGGACACAGCGGCAAAGUGCUGUCUGCCAAGUUCCUGCUGGACAAUGCGCGGAUUGUUUCCGGAAGUCAUGACCGGACCCUCAAGCUCUGGGAUCUACGCAGCAAAGUCUGCAUAAAGACCGUGUUUGCAGGAUCCAGCUGCAACGAUAUCGUUUGCACGGAGCAGUGUGUCAUGAGUGGACAUUUCGACAAGAAGAUUCGUUUCUGGGACAUCCGAUCGGAGAGCAUCGUCCGGGAGAUGGAGCUGCUGGGGAAGAUUACUGCCCUGGACUUAAACCCGGAGAGAACAGAACUCCUCAGCUGCUCUCGUGAUGACCUGCUAAAGAUCAUCGAUCUGCGAAUCAAUGCCGUCAGACAGACGUUUAGCGCGCCUGGGUUCAAAUGCGGCUCUGAUUGGACCAGAGUUGUGUUCAGCCCUGAUGGUGGUUAUGUGGCAGCGGGCUCGGCUGAGGGCUCUCUCUACGUCUGGAGCGUACUCUCGGGGAAGGUGGAGAAGGUCCUUUCCAAGCAGCAUGGCUCAUCCAUCAAUGCAGUGGCGUGGUCCCCCUCUGGCUCCCACGUCGUCAGUGUGGACAAAGGAAGUAAAGCUGUGCUAUGGUCGGAGUAUUGAUGGCACCCCCGAGAGCGAGAGAGAGAGAGAGAGAGAGAGAGGGGAGGAGCUGAAGCUGGCGAAGCACACGAGCCCCUGUGGUUCUGUCCUGCACAUGGUGUGUUGGGUGCAGCUUCGACCUCCAGAGACGAGCUGGAGCCACGUGGUGCCAUGACCUGCCUUUGAACAGGAUUUCUGAGGAUUUUAGCUGAGGUCUCUCACGGCCUGAAAGAAUAACACUGAAAAAAUCUGGCCCUGCAGUCACUUAGCAGAGGUUCAGGUUCUUGCCUUGCCUUGAUUCGGGUGGGAAACACUACUGGCUCUGAUCUUCCAUACCUCAGCGAGGGAAGCGCGGGCACCUGCUGGCUCCCUCACUGGCCGGCAGGGCCAGGAACGCCCCACGCGCGCGUGCGGCUGUCGGUUCUCCCUCCGUGCUUUCUCCCGUCCUUCCAGAGUCGGUUCUGGCCCAAUGCAUGUCCUGUCACCUUGGGAUGGUUUUCCUGGUGAACUCACUUGAAUCAUUGGAUUAACAGAAACCCAAACAGGAUCACCCCUGCCCUCAGCCCAUAGGGACUGCCCUGAUUUCUGAGGAGGUGACAGGACCGUGGUCCUCCCUGCUGGUCUCUUGUCAUUAUUACGAGGCUCUUACUCUGAUCUCAUCUGAUUACUGUUGGAAUUUCCUUAGAUCUCCUAAACCGUUCUUAGAAAGCAGCUGUUGUUCAAAGCUUCGGGCUUCCUUUCUCCCUAACGAUGCUACACACCUAUUUCUUGGUCGAGAAGUAAAUCUCAGUUUGGUUACAAAAUACUUUUUGGAGAUAGGAGAGGAAGUGCAGAAACCUUGCAGGUAAGCGGGCGUGCUGCAGGAGUAGAGUGGCUCCCUGCGGCCAUCUCUAGACUCCCAGAAAGUGGGCUGGGUGCACGCCACCUUUUUCCCCCGUGUGCCUCGGUGACAGUCGCUGGUGACAAGGGAUUGGAAGCCUCGAAUGUAUUAGCCUGGAGCCAGCGGUUCCGGGUCACUGCCCCUCUGCCAAGCCUACGUGCAAUACCCCCUUGGUGCUUUAGUUCGAGAAGCCCAUUCCAAGAAGCAUGGGAACGUCAUCUUUAAGUUUCAGGAGUUCUGAUUGAGGCCAGGGAAGAACUGGCUUGUGGCUUUUUUUUUUUUUUUUUUUUUUUAACAUUUAUCUUUACCAUUUUACCUGUGUAUCAUUCUAGUUCCUGAGUGACUGAAACACCAAUACUUUCAUCACUUUUUAAUUGCACUUUAUUUUUUUCCUUCCACACUUGUUCUCUGGACAGCUGUGGGUCUGAGUGCUGGAGCUGGGUGAGGAGGGGCGCCGUGUCCACCCCCCUGCCCCCCGGCCCGCCCCCCACCCCCUUUCCAGCUUCCUGCUCCAAGAGCGCAAGGGGAGGUGGGAUUCACAGACCAGGGCGCAUCUUUUAUUUAUUUAAUUAUGUUGCCCAACAGAACUUGAUUGUAAAUUAAAAAGAAAUCUGUUAUAUACUUUUCAAAUUCUGU